UACAUUAGUAACAAUGAAGAGUUUCAAUGCUAUUACUCUUUGUUGCCUCCUUUUCUCAUUCUCUCUCCUCUUCAACUUCGUUGCUCCUACCUUAUUGUUUCAGGGUUUCAAUUGGGAAUCAUGCAAUAAACCAGGAGGCUUGUACAAUUCACUCAAAAACUCAAUUGAUGAUUUGGCAAGAGCAGGGACUACACAUGUUUGGCUUCCUCCACCAUCUCACUCAGUGUCUCCUCAAGGAUAUUUACCAGGAAGGUUAUAUGACCUUGAUGCAUCUAAGUACGGAAAUGAGGCAGAUUUAAAGAGCUUGAUAAGAGCCUUCCACCAAAAAGGAAUCAAAUGUGUAGCUGAUAUAGUCAUAAACCAUAGAUGUGCAGAUAAAAAAGACGGAAGAGGAAUAUACUGUAUUUUCGAAGGUGGAACUGCAGAUGAUCGUCUAGAUUGGGGCCCAUGGGCUAUUUGUAGAGACGACACUCAAUUUUCCGACGGUAGUGGGAAUCUAGACACAGGGGAUGGUUAUGGUGCAGCCCCUGAUAUUGACCAUCUUAACCCACGAGUACAAAAUGAGUUAAUUGAUUGGAUGAAUUGGCUUAAGUCAGAAAUCGGUUUUGAUGGUUGGAGGUUUGAUUUUGUCAAAGGGUAUGCUCCUAACUUUACUAAAAUGUAUGUGGAAAAGACUAUCCCAGAUUUUGUAGUUGGAGAGUUAUGGGAUUCAAUAAACUAUGACUCGGAUGGUAAGCCUGAUUAUAACCAAGACGGCCCGAGAAAUGAACUUGCAGGGUGGGUACAAAAUGCAGGUGGUGGUGUUGUUGCUGCUUUUGAUUUUACUACCAAAGGUGUCCUUCAAGCUGCUGUGGAAGGGGAAUGGUGGAGGAUGAAGGAUUCUAGUGGUAGGCCUAGUGGGAUGAUUGGAAUUAUGCCGAAGAAUGCAGUUACUUUUGUUGAUAAUCAUGAUACUGGAUCAACACAAAACUUAUGGCCUUUCCCUGCUGAUAAAGUUAUGCUAGGAUAUGCUUAUAUCUUGACACACCCAGGAAUUCCAUCCAUAUUCUAUGACCAUUUUCUUGAAUGGGGACUAAAGGAAGAAAUAGUUAAACUGAGUUUGAUCAGGCAAAGGAACGCGAUAAGUGAAUCAAGUAGUGUGAAUAUAAUGGCUUCGGAUGCAGACUUGUAUGUUGCAAUGAUCGAUGGGAAGAUAAUGGUUAAGAUAGGUACAAGAUAUGAUGUUGGAAAUCUUAUUCCCUCAAACUUUAAAGUUGCUACUAGUGGAAAAGAUUAUUGUGUUUGGGAGAAGCAAGGUUAGGAUCAGAUAACAUGCAUGCAUGCAUGAUGCAGAACAAUUUCAUGAAAAUUGUAACAUAGUCUUAAUAAUAAUUAAACCAUAAUAAAAAUAAAUGGCAUACAUACCUCCCAAUUAUACAAUUAAAUUGUCUUGGUUGAAUAA